AUGAAAAAGGUACAGCCAGGAAGAACAUGGACUAAAUAAGAGGAUAAUUAAUUACUUUAGGGAGUGGAAAUAUAUGGACGGGAUUGGGAUAAAAUAGCAAAAGUGAUGAAUAUCAAAUCUAAACCAUUACUAGAAGAGAGAUAUAAAAAUCUGAUAAAUCAAAAACCUAAACCUAUUUGGGAAUUAAAUGAAGAUAUUUUAUUAUUACAAAUGGUAGAUAAACUAGGGAAGGAUUGGGAAAUGGUAUAGAAAGUUGUUAAAACUAAAGAUAUUGCUUCAUGCAAACGAAGAUUUGCUAAAAUAAGAGAUUCUUGUUUAAAUUUAGAAGGAGAAGAUAAAGAUUUAGUGCUUUUAAAUUAGUAUUGGUAUAAGGAAGAUGAAGAGAUGCUACUAUUCUUAUACGAAUUAUAUAAUGGAGAUUGGAGUGAGAUAUUUAAAAGAAUACCAGAGAGAUAUCCUAAAUACAUUUAGGACUAAUUUAAAUAAAAAGGCUUAGCAAACUAAUUGCAUAAAUGGAAUAAUGAGAAAGAUGCAAGGUUAUUAGCAUAUGCCUUUUAUGGGAUUCCAUUUAGCAACUUUGAAUAAGAAACAGGAUUCUCUGUUCCGUAAUGUGAAGAGCGAUUAAAAAAAUUACUUUAUAAGAUUUCAAAAUCUUUAUAAUAACCAAAAAAGACAAAAGAACAAUAAUAAUUUGAUGAAAUUAUGUAAUUUAGUGAAACUAAAAGAAAACCCAAUAGAUCAAACGAGACUAAUUCUAUGAAUCAAAUAGACAAUUAAUAAUAAUUGAAUUAUUAUUCAGAAUUUUAGGCAGCUUUGAAUUAGUCUAAACAUCAGAAACAGAAUCAAAUACAAAAUAGAAUUGCCUAAAAACUAGAAUUAGAAACAGAAUACUAAAAUGAUGAUGAUUUUGGAAUAGUAUUAGAUGAAGAUUUUGUAAGUGAUUGA